CUUGCUCUCUUCCCAUUCAGUCUCAGUACAGCCUGCUGAGCAGCAGCAUGGAACAAAGUUUGGGGAACAGAGCAGCUUCGACCAGUCCGUACAGCUCAGAGAACACCUCCAACGUACCAACGCCGUCACCCUACUCCCAGCCCAACUCCACUUUCGAGGCCAUGUCUCCAGCCCCGGCCAUCCCGUCCAACACCGACUACCCCGGGCCUCACAACUUUGAGGUCACCUUUCAGCAGUCUAGCACCGCCAAAUCAGCCACCUGGACGUACUCGCCAUUGCUAAAGAAACUGUACUGUCAGAUCGCCAAGACCUGUCCGAUUCAGAUCAAACUGGCUGCCAACCCUCCCAAUGGCAGCGUGAUACGAGCCAUGCCCAUAUACAAGAAGGCCGAACAUGUCACAGAAGUGGUCAAGCGCUGCCCUAACCAUGAACUUGGACGGGAGUUUAAUGAAAGUCAAACAGCUCCCGCAAGUCACUUGAUACGAGUGGAGGGCAAUAAUUUGUGUCAGUAUGUAGAUGACCCUGUGACAGGUCGACAGAGCGUUCUCGUGCCAUACGAAGCUCCUCAGGUGGGCACCGAGUUCACAACCAUUCUGUAUAAUUUCAUGUGCAACAGCAGUUGUGUUGGUGGAAUGAAUCGUAGGCCUAUCCUCAUCAUAAUCACGCUGGAGACACGAGAUGGACAGGUCCUGGGUAGGCGUUCAUUUGAGGGACGGAUCUGUGCGUGUCCUGGCCGAGAUCGCAAAGCAGACGAGGAUCAUUUCAGAGAACAACAGGCUUUAAAUGACAGUGUGGCCAAAAACGGAAAUGCCUGCAAACGAAAUUUCAAACAGACCCCAGCCAAUAUGACGGGACCUCCCAUCAACAUAAAGAAAAGACGACAUGGAGAAGAGGAGAUGUAUUACAUACCGGUGCGUGGCCGGGAAAACUUUGACAUCCUGAUGAAGAUAAAGGACAGUUUGGAACUUGUGGAGUUUGUACCACAGCAGUUAGUGGACUCCUACAGACAACAACAACAACAGCUCUUACAGAGGCAGGGUCAUGUUUCAUCUCCGUCACACUAUGGCUCCAUUAAUAACAUGAAUAAGAUUCAUGGGCCAAUCAACAAGCUUCCCUCAGUCAACCAGCUUGUAACACAGCAGCAGACACAGCAGAACGCAGGGCCCUCUGGAGCCAUGUCACAUAUGGGUACGAACAUGUUGGGUGGACAUCACAUGCAGUCUAAUGGUGAUGUGAAUGGAGGUCACCCAUCACAGUCUAUAGUGUCCACCUCUCACUGUACCCCUCCCCCACCUUACAACCCCGACCCCAGCCUCGUCAGUUUCUUAACCAGCCUGGGCUGCCAAAACUGUAUCGACUACUUCACGUCGCAGGGACUCCAGAGUGUUUACCACCUUCAGACCCUUACCAUGGAGGAUCUUGGGGCCCUGAAGAUUCCUGAACAGUUCCGGUUGGCGAUCUGGAGGGGCCUGCAGGACAUGAAGCAGGGUCACGAUUACGGCCAGCAACUUAUUCGCUCCAGCAGUAACAUGGCCACUAUGGCCAUCGGCCCUGGAGGAGAGCUACAGCGUCAGCGUGUGAUGGAGGCCGUACACUUUAGAGUGCGUCACACCAUCACCAUCCCAAACCGUGGAGGGUCUACAGGGGGUGAGGAGUGGGGGGACUUUGGUUUUGAUAUGCCAGACUGCAGGAUACACAGGCACCCGAUAAAAGAAGAGUAUGCAGAAAGUGACGUUCACUGAAAAGGAAUGACUCAAUCCUCAAAGAUGCGCCUUUGCUCGUAUGAUUUUCAGUUUCUUAAAACUGCAAUGGACAGUUUAUAUUUUUUGUGUGUGUGCGUUUUCACAUAGUAGCACUUCCAAUGAUUCGGUACAAAUGUUUUGCAUAGGCUAAAUGAAUUGUAAAACAAUUGCUAGUGCUUUGUGGCUCCACAGACACUUUUCCCAAAUAGGAAUUAGAGUUUUUUUGUAUUCUCAGUUCAGUUGUGGCCUUAUGUUAAUGUUAGAUAGCACAAAACAACAUGACUCAUUAUUAUUAUUAUCAUAUUGUAGUUGUACAUGGUCAAAACCAUUGCCUUAUUUAUUUUUGGCUUAGUGUAAAAAUGUGCAAUUGUGUAUUAUAUUAAAUGUAAGUUUUAAAUAGCAGGAAGUAAUGCUCAUAGAUAAAGUGGAUUCCCUGAAAGCACACCUUAGUUAUUUUUUCAAUCACAGGUUUAUUAAAACCAGAUAAUAAAUAUGCUGGUUUGUGCAUCAAAAUACAUUGAAUGCAUUCUGCAAACAAUUUUAUUAAAAUUGAAAUUAGAUGCAUUCAAGAUGGACAUUUAACCAGAACUAACAUUUGAUCUUGGUGUUACUAAGGUAAAUUGAUAUUCUUCAGUGUCAUUAAAUACCUAACAGUCAACUAUUUGAUUUAAAUAACAAAGACACAGCACCAUACAAGUACAAGAAUACAAGAAUAGAAAUGUAAUUAUUAAUAGACACGUGUAUAGCUUUUAAUGUUGUUUUCCUUAAUUUUUUAAACAAGGCACAAUAUUUCUAACAAAUUUUUUUAGAUGGUGCUUUACCCUAAACCUUUUUAAAUCCUUUAUAUUUUUCUGUUAAGUAUUGUGUUGUUGACUGGGAAUAUCAUCAGACUUUAAAGUACCCGGUUUUGUGGUAUUGGCCUUGCAGGUCAAGGUUUUAUUUAUCAUACUAUGUAAUAAUAAUGUGUAUAAUUCACUUUGGUACUUGGUAAGCACACUGUACUCCCUAUAUUGUUUUUCAUUGUUUUAAUGAAUUCUGCUUGAUUAAAUAGCAAUGUGAGAAAAGCCAAGGUUUUAGGGUGAAGCUCAUGAAAACAUGUUAAGGUUGCAUUUUACCAGAAUAAUGAAAAUACAAUUUUUGUAAUUUUGGUAUUCUUUUUUUUUUACACAAACGACUACAGUUAUUUUCUUGUGUUUAAUUGGAAAUGUCACAAUGCAACACAUGGUCGUAAUUGUCUCUAAUGGAAAUAUGACAUGGGACAUGUUUUUGACAGGUUUCAAAAAAAUUGACCCAUUAAUAUGUUUUAACAAAGACAAACUAAAGAUCUUACUCUUUCAGGGCCCAGUAAUAUCACUUCUUGCUUAUACUAAGAAGAAAAAACAAGUGCUUUAAAGGGAACAGCUGAUGGACAUAUCGGUUUUCAUUUAAAUUGAUCAAAUCUCAUUUAACCUUUUUUUUUUGGGGGGGGGGUGAUGAAAGAAAGCAGAAGUGUUUUCUAUUAUAUGUACAAAUGUCUUGAUAAUCAACUGAAUAUUUGUAAGACAGUUUAUUUACAUGUCAUAGUGUAAAAUUUGCAUAAAACUGAACUAAGGGCCAUGAACAUUAAUACUUACAUUGUUUGAAUGUAGUAAAUGGUACAUUUGUAAAUUUUAAUCGAGCGAAUGCAUGUGUAAAUAACUAGUGUUAACCAUAACCUUCAUUUUCUCAUGUGAUAAGAAAACCACUUUUUAAAAUUGGAUGCUGUUGAAGGGAAAAAUAUGUUUUUUUUUAAUUGGCAGUGACGGUUAAAUGCUAUACAUCAAAGCACUUUAAGGCUUUAGGGUAUUGUAAACAAUGUUAUAUUCACAGUUAAUGUCAGUCAGUAUUAUGUCAUGUUGUCAUGUUGUAAUUUUGACAACUACAGAUUUUAGAAAUGUUUUAAGAUAUUGUGUUUUUAUCAAAGAGCUGUAAUGCUAUUUCUUUUUUAUAUCACCACGUUUGAAUUAUGUAAAGUGAUUUCUUUUUAAAAUAAAUACUAAACGUGUGCA